AUGGACGACCCCACCCCCCUCACCGCCUCCGGCCUAACAAUCCCCACGGAUAGCGAAUCCUACUCCGCGCCCGCCGACUCGCCAUCCCCCUCCCCGCCCUCCUCCUCGUCGCCCAUGAUCCUCUACAAGCCGCCCACGCUCUGGGGUCUAUUCCGGGGCGCCGCAAUAAAUCUGUUCCUGCCGUUCGUAAACGGGCUGAUGCUGGGGUUCGGAGAGCUGGUCGCGAACGAGGCGGCGUUUAGGUUGGGGGUGGAGUGGGACCAAGGUUUUCCCGACGCAUAG